AUGUCUAUUGAACGUGGUGAUUCAACAAUUAUACGUAAAACAGUAAUUGAACAUGGUUAUAGAAAUGUUGAUAGUUCAAUUGGUCGUUCUGGUUUAGAAGUUGUACGUAAUUUAGCUAUACAACGUGAAGAUGAAAAACGUGAAAUGCAAGAACUUAAUUCAAAAUUUAGUAAUUAUCUUGAACGUGUUAAAUUUCUUGAAAAUCAAAAUCGUAAAUUACAACUUCAACUUGAUGAACUUAAACAAAAAUGGGGUUUUGAAUCUGGUCAAGUUAAAGAUAAAUAUGAUGAAACAUUACGUUCAUUAAGAAAACAAAUUGAUGAUGUUACACGUGAUAAAGCUUUAGCUGAAUUACGUGCUAAACGUGCUGAAUAUGAUGCAUCAUUAAUAAAACAUCAAUCUGAUUUUGCACAUGAAUUAAUUACUCUUGAUCGUAAUCGUUUUACUAUGCUUAAACAACAACUUGAAGGUAGUAAUUCAGAAUUAGAAUUAUUACGUAAUCGUUUUGAAGAUAAACGACAAGAUAUUGAUCGUGGUAAAAGUGAAAUUCGUCGUCUUUUGGAUCAAUUAGAUACAUUAAAAAAUGAAUUUGAUCAAGAAUCUAUGGCACGUGUUAUGAUACAAAAUGAAUUACAAACAUUAGAAGAACAAUUAGCUUUUAUGAAAGCUAUUCAUGAAGAAGAACGUAAUGAAAUAUCAGCACUUGGUACAAUAUCAAUUGAUGUUAGUCAAUUUUAUCGUAAUGAAUUAACACGUGCUAUUACUGAUAUAAAAAGUGAUUUUGAAGCUAUUUCACAAGCACAACGACGAGAUUUAGAAGAAUAUUAUCGAAUUAAAACCGAAGAAAUUCGUCAAGAAGCAAUUGAACAAAAACGUAAAAUUGAUGAAGCACGUAAAUUUGGUAGUGUUGAAAUAAUGGAUUUAACAUCAUUAAGAACUUUAUUAACAGAAAAUCGUGAAACAUAUGGUGCAUUACAAAAGGAACAUGCAACAUUGACAAAUCAACUUCGACAAUUAGAAGAAGAUUUUGAACAUAUUGCAUUUGAUCAUACACGAGCACAAAAUGAACGUGAACGUGAAUUAUUUGAAUUACGUACUAAAGCUGAACAACGUCAAAAUGAAAUUGAUGCUAUACUUCAAAAUAAUGUUUCUCUUAAAUUUGAAAUAAAUACAUAUAGACGUUUACUUGAAGUUGAAGAAAUUCGUAUUCAAACAACACCUGAAAUAUCAACUAAAAAAAUGACCGUACAAAAAUCAGCAAGAGGUCCUGUUACUGUUGAUCAAGUAGAUCCACAAGGUAAUUUCAUUGUUAUUGAGAAUGCCGGUUCAACAGGCAAAGAUCAAGAAUUAAGAGGUUGGACAAUACGACGACGAGUUGAUAACAAUAAUGAAAUUGUUUAUAAAUUUCCCGAUCAAUUUGUACUUAAAUCACGUUCACGUGUACGUAUUUUAAGUCGUACAGCAAGUAAAAGUUCAACAAGUGAUAAAGAUGUAUUAAUAGCUGAUGGUAUUCAAAAUUGGGGUAUAGGUACAAGUAUGGUUACACGUCUUAUCGAUGCUAAUAAUGAAGAAAAAGCUUUACUUACUCAGAGAUUUCAAUAA